AUGGCACGUGGACGAGGGCGUGGACUUGCAUUUUUAGAAUUUAACAAUUCUAAUGAUAACGGUAAUAAUAAUAAUGGACAAGUAAUACAAAGGUCUCCUCUUCCACCUACUGCGUCUAGUCAAUUUGAGGAUUGUUGGGAUGAUGAUUGUUCCUCUUCUGCUCAGGUGGGCACUAAUAGCUAUGGCAGAGCCACACCAGACAAUUUCUCUUACAGUCCUGGAGAAACAGAUUCUUCAUUACAACUCACUGGUUUCAGCUCAUCACCAACUGGUUGGGAAGAUCAAGCCAGUAGCAGCAGUAGUCAUUACCAGAAUUCAAAUGGAUAUGGCAAUAGAGCUGAUUCUAGCUCCAGUAGCCAUGGCUUUAAAAGGCGGGAAAGAACCACUAAUGGUGUCGACAGGACAGGUGGUGGCUGCUUUAAAUGUGGUGAUUCUGGACACUUUGCUAGAGAAUGCAGUUCAACAUUUUCACAAAGUGGUAGUAGUAGUAGUGGAUGUUACAAGUGUGGAGAAUCUGGUCACUUUGCUAGAGCAUGUCCAAUGUCCUCAAAUGAUUCAAGGACUAUAGAUAACCAAGACCAGAUGACCCUUGGAGGUUCCCGACGAGAAGCAGCUUAUAUUCCACCACCCCCACCAGAAGAUGAGGAAACUAUUUUUAAGUGUGUUCCAACAGGAAUCAACUUUUCCAAAUAUGAUGAGAUCCCAGUGGAGGUAUCUGGAAGGGCAGCUCCAGCAAAUAUGCUUAGCUUUGAAUCCCAUUUUAAAGGACUUUUAUUAACAAACAUUCACCGUGCAAAGUAUGACAAACCUACUCCAGUGCAGAAAAAUGCCAUUCCUAUCAUUCAUGCUGGCCGUGACCUUAUGGCUUGUGCCCAGACAGGAUCUGGUAAAACUGCUGCAUUUGUUUUGCCAGUGUUGAACUCCCUGUUGAAAAGUGAUGCACAAGUUUGCAGAGAGUCACUUCCACAAUAUCCUCAUGUCUUAGUAGUUGCUCCUACAAGAGAACUGGCUGUCCAAAUAUUCAUGGACACUCGGAAAUUUGCAUAUGGAACCAACAUUAGGUCUGCUGUAGUCUAUGGCGGUACGUCAGUCGGCAGUCAAGCAAGAACCCUCCAUGUAGGUGUUCACUUUUUAGUUGGUACACCUGGCAGGCUUUUGGAUUUUAUAGAAAAAAAUACAAUUAACUUGUCAAAAGUAAAGCAUUUCAUCUUGGAUGAGGCAGAUCGAAUGUUGGACAUGGGUUUUGAGCCAAGUAUAAGAAAAAUUGUCAAGGACUCUGGGAUGCCUCCUAAAACUCAAAGACAAACUUUAAUGUUUAGUGCUACAUUCCCAGAUAGAAUCCAAGAGCUAGCAGCAGAUUUCUUAAAUGACUAUUUAUUCUUAACUGUUGGCAUGGUGGGUGGUGCAUGCACAGAUGUUGAACAGAUUAUUCUACAAGUAAAUCGUCAAGAAAAGAGACAAAAACUGUGCAGCUUUUUAGAUGAAUUUGGUUCCGACAAAACCUUGGUGUUUGUUGAACAAAAGAGAAAUGCUGACUUCUUGGCCUCUUACCUUUCCCAAAAUAGUUAUAGAACCACAAGUAUACAUGGUGACAGACUCCAGCGUGAACGAGAGGAGGCCUUGGGAGAGUUUAAAAAUGGAGUAACACCAAUUUUGAUAGCAACUUCAGUUGCUGCUCGUGGCCUUGAUAUUCCUAAUGUGAAUUUAGUUGUGAACUAUGACCUACCCAAUUGUGUGGAUGAAUAUGUACAUAGGAUUGGAAGGACUGGUCGCUGUGGCAAUGUAGGUAGAGCCAUCAGUUUCUAUUCUUCUGAUAGUGACUCUGCUCUUGCUAAGGAUUUGACUAAAAUUUUGAGCAAUGCACAGCAAAAUGUUCCUGCUUGGUUAGAAAAUGAAGCCAAAAUGUCAAGUUGUGGUGGUAGCAGCAAUUACUAUAAUGGCUCUUUUGGUGGUAGAGAUCGGAGGAAAGAAAAGUUUGACUAUGGUGGUGGUUGGCAACCUAUUAGCAAUGGAGCUCCUCCUGCUUCAAUACUGGAAGAUGAAUGCUGGGAUUGA